AUGCGACUACCCCUCGCCCUCCUUCUUGCUUUUUUAGUUCAACAAUGCGUCCACGCUUCACCGCCAGCCAAGCGUUCUUAUGCAACACACGAUUAUUAUGUCCUCGAGCAUAACCCUUCCGCAGGCGCAACUCUAAAUGAAUGCACGGGAGAGCUUGGAGUGGAGCUUGUCGAGCAGGUCGGGGAACUGCGGAAUAUAUGGCUAGUGCGCUCCGCAAAGACCAUAUCCAACUUUGCUCCGAGGGCAGCAUCAGAUAGAGUCCUCGGCAGGUUCGAGGAUUUGGUCACUCUUUCAGCACAUUCAACUAGUUUAUACCCACGAGCGGGUCGUCAAGCCCGUGCACACCGCAUAUUAUCGUCCAUAAAAUAUUUAUCACCUCAGGUACCUCGCCAACGGACAAAGCGAGACAGCUCAUUUCUAGAACGUGCACCGCCUCCCGUUAACCCUGGCGACCCUCAACCGAAAGCAUCUGAAAUCAUAGCAGAACGCCUUGGAUUUGUGGACCCCCUAUUUACUCAGCAAUGGCACAUCGUUAACGACCAGUACCCCGAGCAUAUGAUGAACGUGACGGGUGUGUGGGAAAUGGGUAUCACAGGAGAAGGUGUCAUUACUACACUGGUGGAUGAUGGAUUGGACUACCGGAGUCGGGACUUGGCCGAAAACUUCGAUGCUGAAAAUUCAUAUGAUUUUAACGACCACACCGAUUUGCCCACCCCCGUUCUUUCAGAUGAUCACCACGGCACGCGCUGUGCUGGUCAGAUCGCCGCAGUCAAGAAUGACGUCUGUGGCGUCGGACUCGCUUACAAGUCAAAAGUCGCUGGCGUACGCAUAUUAUCCGGACCUAUAACUGAUGUGGACGAGGCAGCUGCCUUGAACUACGGCUUUCACAACGUGUCCAUCUUUAGUUGCAGUUGGGGACCACCUGAUGACGGCAGGUCGAUGGAAGCGCCAGGAUAUAUCAUUGAAAAGGCUGUCGUAAACGGCAUACAGAAUGGUAGGGAAGGGAAAGGAUCGAUAUUUGUCUUUGCCAGCGGAAACGGGGCCGCACAGGGAGACCAGUGCAAUUUCGAUGGGUACACCAACAGCAUAUACUCCGUCACCGUCUCGGCUGUAGACUUUAAAGGCCUACACCCAUAUUAUUCUGAACCCUGCUCUGCGAAUAUGGUUGUAGCAUACAGUUCAGGGAGCGGUCAACAUAUCGUCACUACCGACCUUGACAAUAAAUGUUCCAGCGGCCACGGUGGUACCUCCGCCGCCGCCCCUAAUGCAGCUGGUGUAUUUGCUUUGGUACUUCAAGUUCGGCCUGACCUGACGUGGCGAGACAUACAACACCUCUGCGUGAAAACCGCUCAGAUGAUAAACUCCGAGGAUCCCGACUGGGAACCCAUGGCUUCGGGACAAAUGUACUCGUAUAAAUACGGCUUCGGGCAGCUUAAUGCCUACGCCUAUAUCCAAGCAGCGCAAGAUUGGCAGCUUGUCAAGCCACAGGCGCGGUUCCACCCUCCUGCCAUGCAAAUCAACAACGGCACUUUACUCACGGAGAAUGGGGACAUGGAGGGCGGGCAGUCGAUUAUCCCCGGGGGUGUUAUGAGUUCGUUCACGGUGACGCAGGACAUGCUUGACACGCACAACUUCGAGGAGUUGGAGCAUGUGACAGUCAGAGUGUGGAUCUCGCACACCAAGCGCGGGGAUGUCGAAGUUGAGCUCACGAGUCCUGGUGGGAUACGCAGCGUUCUUGCAGCUAAGCGUGAUCACGACCGUUCUGAGACUGGUUUUAGAGGGUGGAGAUUUAUGUCUAUCAAGCACUGGGGUGAAAAUGCGAUUGGCACUUGGACACUCAAGGUUUCUGACCAAUCAUCCGAAGGGCAUAGCGGAACUUUCCAUGGCUGGCGUCUCAUGUUCUGGGGCUCCACUGUUGAUCCCACUGUCUCAACAACCUACGUUCUCCCACUUUCAGAGUACCAGCUUCCUUCCACAGAUAACGAUGACGCAAUCAACAUCCCCACAUCGACAUCUAGCAAAUCCCACCCCAAGCCCACUUCUGGUCUUCCGGACGACCACGGGACUGCCGAGGGCGAAGCCAGCAAGCCUGCGUUCCCAUCCCCAACUCUGCCUCCGGCUGCAACAAUGACGCCGACACCAGACGAAGGCUGGUUCUCAGACAUGUCCAACCUCGUGUCUAGCCAGAAAUGGUUCUUCGGGGCUAUCGGCGCAGUAGUGCUCUUCGGUGUGGGUGCAGGGGUGUUCUUCUGGAGACGCCGUGUGAAGCAUCGAGCGUACGCUGCGCUCAGCGCGGGUGAUGAACUGCAAAUGAGUUCGGUCUCAAGGCAAGGCAGGCCCCGUGCCAAAGAGCUGUACGAUGCAUUUGGGGAGGUGUCGGAUGACGAGGAUGCGGAUGAAGAGACCCGGUUGCAUGGCUUAGGGUUCCACUCUGGGUUCUUGGACGACGAAGACCCGUCGUCUGCUGGCCCUGCCCCCGUGUACAGAGACGAGCCCAGGAGGGGGCAUGAUGCUAGCCCUGGUGUUAGAUCUGCAAGCCCAGAGAGCGGCAGUGGCAGUGGCAGUGGCAGUGGUAGUGGAGAUGGGAGCUGGGAGCAUGCUUCCCAGACACAUUGA